AUGAAUGGAUCGAAGAUUAAUAACAGUCGGCCCGGUAGAACACUGUUUGGUUGCGAACAUGAGCAACAUAAAAGACGGACGCUCGGAGCGGUAGUCAUCAUCAGACACGUCCAAGGGGUCCUCCAAUUCACAACCAACUUGUGCUCGAUUGCUGGACAUCCGAAGUCCCUCGCUUCCGACGAUUCGGUGCCGCUCGAGCUGUAUAAACGGGGGAUUGCUGGCGUAACUCCCGCCCAAGGGUUACUGCUUCGGCAACCUACCUCAACUCCCGAUGUUCGGCGGGCAGAGGCCUCCGGCACAACCGACUCGAUGAAAGAAUCCCGGUCAAGCUUUUGUUACACACCCCGGAUGCAGUACAUAGGUCGUCAAACGACCGUCCAAGGCCACUGUCAUGCCACAGCUCUGCCCCCGCAACGACAUUUACAGUCUUCUGAUUAUGUACGGGUUCCGUACCAUUAA